AGGUGGCGGUAGAGUGCCAACCAAAAGCACUCGCAACCUACCUCAAUGUAGUAAGCACACAUGUAUACGCGCACUCGCCCUUGCACAUCUAUGUAUGUACAAAUAUGCGUACACUUAAGCUUUUGUUUAUUACCACAUGAAAGCUUUUGGAUUACAAAGCUUUUUCUUAAAACAAGAGUCAUAGCAGCAGAGAGAGACAGAAAGAGCAUAGCAAGACAAAAGAGGGCCCGAUUUCCAUUUUAAGUUUCAAUUCAAUAUCAAUCCGAACUCAGUUACGGUCCGCAGUGUGUGGCGAGUGGUUGUUAUUUGGAACGAAGUUUGUGCUCAUAAAAACCCAUUAGAGAUGUCUGCAAACAGCGUGAUACCCAGCACAGUUAAUGCUGAUCUACAAAAGGAACGCGAUGGCGCUAGCUUUAACACCGAAGAAUUUGCUGUCUGGUUUGCGGGCGGCGCUGAACAGUUGAAGUUUAAGAGAGACGUCAAAGAGUACAUGUACAAGGACAUUGACCAUGCUGCCUUUAGUCAGGUCGAGUACAUGUCGCAUGAGGAUAUGUGCGAAUUCACCGUUAAGAACAGCAUUAAUGUGGCAAAAAAGCUGCGGCGACUGCAAUCGGAGCGAAAUCCGGGUGGCACUGAAUAUUGGCCUACUUGUUUUGAUGGGCCCGAACUGUGGGGUCUGCACAAGAUAGGCAAUCCCUUCGGCGUCAUGUUCGUGAUGGUAGUGCACGCUCUGAAAGACCAAUGUACGCCGGAGCAGUACGAAGAGUUCGGUAGGCGGGUGGAACGCUUUGAAGUGUGCGCCGCCUACUCCCAAACGGAGCUGGGACAUGGCACCUACUUGCGUGGCCUGGAGACACGCGCCGACUACGAUCAGGACACGGAUGAGUUCGUGCUGAAUACGCCCUCCAUUACAGCCUACAAGUGGUGGCCAGGCGGAUUGGGUCACUGUUCCAGCUAUUCGAUUGUCAUGGCGCAGUUGUACAUUGAUGGCCAGCGCAAGGGUCCCCAUCUGUUCUACGUGCAAGUGCGAGAGGAGGACACUCAUGAACCACGGCCAGGCGUGCAUAUUGGAGAGAUUGGCAAGAAGAUGGGCUUCCUGGGCGUCAAUAAUGGCUUUUUGGGCCUGAAGAACGUGCGCAUUCCACGCACUCGGAUGCUCAUGCGCCAUGCCCAGGUGAAUCGUGAUGGCAGCUACGUGAAGAGUCCAGUUGAUGCUCUCACUUAUUUUGCCAUGGUCCACACUCGCUGCAUCAUUGCUCGCAACAUGUCCUUGCUUCUGGCCGUGGGAGCCACUAUUGGCACUCGCUACUCCGCCGUGCGCAGACAAAGUCCUAUCGAUCCCAAGUUGCCCGAGCCACAGAUCUUGGAUCAUGUCACACAACAGCUGAAGGUCUUUCCGGAGAUAGCCAACUGCGUGGCCUAUCGCAAUGCUUGCAACUACCUCUUGGAAUUUCUUAAUACCACCUCCAGGGACAAGGAUCAGGGAAAUUACGAGCGUCUGCCCGAGCUUCACUCGCUCUCCUGUGCUCUGAAGGUUCUUUGUUCCGGCGAUGCCACUGCGGGCAUUGAGCGACUUCGUCUGGCUUGUGGCGGUCAUGGCUAUUUGACCUCAUCCAAUCUUGGCAACCUCUAUGUCAACGCAACGGCUGCCUGCACCUAUGAGGGAGAGAAUACGGUGCUUCUACUCCAGAUUGGUCGCUUCCUGAUGAAGUCGUGGCGUGCAGCACAGAGCGGAGCUCCCCUUGCACCCACUGUCAGCUACUUGGCAGAAGUGCAGCAGAAUCCUGAGUUUGGAGUCUGGACAGGCAGUUGGGAGAAUUUGGUCAAAGCGAUGCAGUUUGCUGCAGCCAACAAGACUCGCAUAGCCUUCAAUAGUCUGUCCAGGCGCUUGGCCAAUGGACUAUUGGAGGAGGUGGCCGCCAACCAAACAGGCAUUGAACUCACCCAGGCGGCAGAGCUGCAUGGUCGGGCAUUUGUUUUAUAUUCAUUCCUCUCUGAGGUAACUGGGGCAAAGUCCAAGACGCGCUCAUCAGCCCUUAACCGAGUGCUGGAGCAGCUGCUAGAACUAUAUCUUGUGAACGUUACGCUGAACAACAUGAGCAGCAUUCUCCGAGUUGUGCCUUUGACAGAUGCGGAUCUGAGCAAGCUGCAGGUUCGUCUGGAGACGGCGCUGACCAAACUGCGUCCGGAUGUGGUGGCCAUUGUCGAUGGUUUCGACUUUAAUGAUCAGCAGUUGAAUUCCACAUUGGGCUCCUUUGAUGGCAAUGCCUAUGAGCGAAUCUUCGAUGCUGCUUUGAAGGCGCCUAUGAACCAAAAAUCGGUUCCGAGAAGCUUCCAUGAGCACCUGGGGCCUUUCAUGAAAUCCAACAUAUAAAACGCUUAAGUGUAACCGUCUCUUAUUUUUGUCUCUUCUUGUUGUAUAUAUAUAUGUAUUUUUCUCUUAGUUGAUUUGUAAACACAUGUUAAUCACAA